UUGACAACCCAAACCAACCUUGAACCCAUAAGAAGUUCCAAGAUUUAGUGACCUUUUUGUUAGCACUCCAAAUAUAAGUGAUCCUUUAUGCUAUUGACCAAUUGUGAUGGUUAUUCAAGAAACAAAGACCAUUCAAUAGUUGAUAAAUAAUUUACGCUGUUCAUGUCAACAACAAUCAGAGUGGCGCAGCGGAAGCGUGGUGGGCCCAUAACCCACAGGUCCCUGGAUCGAAACCAGGCUCUGAUAAAUUUUUAAGCCCUCUUCUUUUUCCCACCAGACUUUCGCGGGCCGACGCAACAUUUCAAUUUUCAAUAGGCCGAACCAAGCCCACAAAGAUUUUCUCCAGCCCAAUACGGUCAUACUCGAAAUCCCAGAAUUCCAUUAUCCAUUCCCACCACAGACGCCGUCCUCUGUUUUCCAGAGAGAACAUUACCAGACGAUGAGAUAAGUUCUUCUUUUCUCCUUCCUCCAGCUAGAAAAACACUCCCAAAUUCUCAAACAAUGGCGACGGCUUCAGCAACAACAGGAGUUUUGCUGGGAAACACCAUGAAUUUUCGCCUCUCCAGCAACAACGCCCGUUUCCCAAGGCCGCCGCUGCCCACUUCUUCCUUGUCCAAUUCCGCCGCCGUCUCAGACCUCAGCUCCCUCACUUCCCAAUUGAGCGGCAUUCGCAUCUCCUCCGAAUCUCCCUGCUCCUUCCAACCCUUCAAGACGGCUCUCCAGCCCGUUGUCGCCCGGAGAAUCUGUCCAUUCACAGGGAAGAAAGCGAACAGGGCAAACAAGGUGUCGUUCUCCAACCACAAGACCAAGACGCAGCAGUUCGUGAACUUGCAGUACAAGAGGGUUUGGUGGGAGGCAGGGAAGCGAUGGGUGAAGCUCCGUUUGUCGACUAAGGCGUUGAAGACCAUCGAGAAGAAUGGCCUCGACGCCGUCGCUAAGAAGGCCGGCAUCGAUCUUCGCAAGUUGUAAUCCACUCAGAAAGCAAGUUUUUUUCUUUAAGCUUUUCAAGGUUGCCCAUUACUUUCAGCAGGUUUCGUACCUAGAAGACCCAAUGUACUGCAGUUCAAAUUUAUGUUUCUAGUCAGUUGCUGCUACUUUCUUUUGGAGGCAAAACUGUUGCAAUCCUUCUAAUUGAGUGCAGAGAUCGAUCGCCUUUGUUUUGACGAGAGCUGUUUGCAAUUUGAUAUUUAGGCGGAGGAUGAACUAUGGGGUUCUGUCAUCCUCUGCAACACAGGUAGAGGUGACCCAGAAGCAUGAUCAGAAAAGACCAUAAGAGAUGAUGAACAAGGUAAACUGUUGAUAGUGUCAACUUACAUAUGUAUUGGAAAAGAUUGAUGAGAUGUGGAGCACAGGAGCACUGCUAUCGGGUGCUAGUCCUGUGGAUUCUGGGAACUUGUGGAGAUCAGAUGGCGACUUGAGCUCAUUCAAAUGCACUGCUGGGUUUCACUCUCAAACUCUGAUGAAGCGGAGAAUGGGUUCGAAGUGAUUUACUCCAUCUUUUUAUUACCUUGUGACUGGCUGCAAGUCUGCAACUACUAUGAAAUGGAAUACCAGGAGGUUUGGCUGCAACUGCGAGAGCAUGUUCAUUGUUCAACGCUAUGAUCCUGCCUUCACACUCAGUAUGAGCUCCAACCACAACCUGUACCACAAACAGGAAGCCUCUUUUGAGUUUAAGCCAGCCCUGCAUCAUAUUUGAACAACUUGUGAUCGAAAUCGUCAGUGCCUCACCAUGAUCGCUCCAGAAAUCAUGGCAGAUACUGCUGAAUCUGUUAUCACAGUUUGUCCUAAAACAUCACGCAGUUAGAUCUCAGCUGAGCAGGAGGAUCCUUUGUUACCUAAGUGGUAGCCAAAUUGUUAACGGAUCAGUUGUGAUGAACAAUUACACAACUAAGAGGAGAAAAAAAAGACACUGUGGAGUUAACAGCAGGGAGUUUCAGACUUUGGAGCCACUUCAGCGACAAAAACCCUGAAAAAUCUGUUCUUUGCAGCACAAGAACAAAGGGUUAUUUGUCAGAGUAACUCUCAAGUUAAAGAGUUAAUUAGUAUUCAACGUUAGGGUGUUCUUGAGUUUGCUUGUGGUGGAAUGAGUUGUUAGUACGGAUCUGCCAGCAGCACCUUUAAAUCAAUGAUUAAUAUUUUGAGAAUGAAAUUCAAUUCUUUAAAAAAAAAAUUCAAACUGGCUUCAAAUACACUCUUCUUUCCUAAUCUUAUGAUGUAAAUGGACGUCCUAACAUAAGCAAUUGGUUAAAGUUGCAUCUAGAUUGUCAACUAUGGUGUGAUUUGAAGUAUAGAUUCAAUGACUCUAUAGAUUUAAGCAUAAAAUUAUGUUUUUUUCCUGUGUUUUUUUUAUCGUGAAGGUUAUUUUUAGAAAUUUCAAAUAUCCAAAGUCGAGAAAUAUAAAACCUUGCAUAACCAUAUAGUUUUUUAUUAAUAAUAAUAUAGAUUUUAUAUCUUGAUUUGCGAGAUUUUUUUUUUCUAUUUUACCCCUUUCUAUUUUUAUUCCACUAAAUACCAUUACUUAUAAAUUAUCAAUAUUUCUUCAACCACCCUAAUUUUUGGUUAAAGAUAAACAUGUCUAUAAUUUUUAUUUUUCAUUGAGGUAAACAAUCAUAGUUACCAAACAAAAAAUUUAAAACCUUUUCCAACAAUCCAAAGUUUAGACUUUUUGAAUCUAGAACUUCAUACCACAAUUCUCCCAACGAGCUCUAAAUGAAGGGUUGAAGAAUUAUGUUAGGGCUUUGGAUUACUUUUUUCCCCGGAUUGAGGACGAAUUCUGAAUUAGCACUUUAAAGCACAUACACUCGACCGUCAUCUAUAUCGUAGCGGCAUGUCAAAUGCUUAAUUUCGAUUAAAAGAUCAUCUUUCAA